CGCAAAAUAUGGCAAUUGGAGACGAGUCGACACUCAUCGCAACUUCUACCAGACCCGAUAUUGGUUGUACCAAUUUUUCGACCUCUGACUUCACUUCAACAUACCCCAAUCACAAAAAAAGCGCUAAUGAUGAAAUGUAUCAACUGUUAGUAGAGAAUAUCCGGCACCAUCAACUCAUUAUCGUAUGUGUGAGCGAGUUAGAAAAGGCAGUAAGCAUGGGAGCAUUUGCCCUUCUCUCCAUAAACAUUCUCAACCUGUGUUCGCACAUCUUCUCUUUAGUAGUUAUGCUGGAGAGAGACACCAGUGUGUCCGCUAGAACCAAAAUGUUUCUCGCCGUUCCUAUCUUCAUGUGUCAGAGUGGCCUGUACUGCCUCACAGGACAGGCGAUUAUUGACGAGAGCGAACGGCUCGUCAACUCUGCCUUCAGCUGCGGUUGGCCCGACGCCGAUGAACGCUUCAAGAGGUCUCUCCGAGUCUUCAUGGUGCGCGCCGCGCAGCCCCUCCGCAUCAGAGUGGGCAAGCUCAUCUCUCUCUCCAGGGCCACCUUCCAAGAGCUCUUGAAGGGAUCGUACCAGCUAUUCAACGUGGUGUACCAGUUCCACACCAACUAGAUCGCAAUACCCUGGCGUCAUAUGCCAUGGCUACGUCCGGCGCUGUGGCUUACGACGACGACCUCGUGAGG